CAGAAUGUUUAACUCGGAGUAACCAAUCAGUGUCAAGGAGGCGGGAUUUGCUUCAUUACGGGUGAGAAGAAAAAAAAAGGCGGAGAAAGUAUAGUUCCGAGGUGAAAGGUUAAAACAAAGAUGGCGGCGGUCAAACGUGUGCUGUAUGUCGGUGGUUUGGCAGAAGAAGUGGAUGAGAAAGUGUUACACGCAGCAUUUAUUCCGUUCGGUGAUGUUACAGAUAUUCAGAUCCCUCUGGACUAUGAAACUGAGAAGCAUCGUGGUUUUGCCUUCAUCGAGUUUGAGCUGGCUGAGGAUGCUGCAGCAGCCAUCGAUAACAUGAACGAGUCGGAGCUCUUCGGUCGGACCAUCAGAGUGAACAUCGCCAAACCCAUGAGGAUUAAAGAGGGCUCGUCUCGACCUGUCUGGUCUGAUGAUGAUUGGCUGAAGAAGUUCUCAGGAAAGACGACUGAAGAAGCCGAGGAGGCGGAGUCAACUGGAGACGCAACUAAAACCACGAGCCAGGAGGGUGAGCCACCUGCUAAGAAAGGCAGAGCAAACCCUCAGGUCUACAUGGACAUCAAGAUCGGAAAUAAACCUGCAGGAAGACUGCGCAUGUUACUCCGAGCCGACGUGGUGCCCAUGACCGCAGAGAACUUCCGAUGCCUGUGUACACACGAGAAAGGCUUUGGCUUCAAGGGCAGCAGCUUCCACAGGGUCAUCCCUCAGUUCAUGUGUCAGGGAGGAGACUUCACCAACCACAACGGCACCGGUGGCAAAUCCAUCUACGGAGGCAAGUUCGAGGACGAGAACUUCGUGCUCAAACACACCGGCCCAGGUCAGCUCUCAAUGGCGAACUCUGGGCCGAACACAAACGGCUCCCAGUUCUUCAUCACCUGUGAUAAAACAGACUGGCUGGAUGGUAAACACGUGGUGUUCGGGGAGGUGCUGGAGGGGAUGGACGUUGUGCAGGCCAUGGAGGCGCAGGGAAGUAAAGACGGCAAACCCAGUCAGAAGGUGAUUAUUUCAGAUUGUGGCGAGUACGUCUGACCACCUGGACCUGGCGAGUGUGUGUGGAACAUGUAUGUUUUCAGUGGUUUAACUCAAACCCUUUACGUUAAACAGACGCUUCUUUUCUAUGGUGGAUUUGUAAAUAUCGAAUAAAUUUUUAUAAUGAAAA